CUCUGUACCAUCACUCAUUCAUAUAUCUUUAUGUACAUAUUCUUUAUCCCCUUACACUGUCUAUAAGACAGUAGUUUUGGAAUUGUUAGUUAGAUUACUUGUUGGUUAUCACUGCAUUGUCGGAACUAGAAGCACAAGCAUUUCGCUACACUCGCAUUAACAUCUGCUAACCAUGUGAAUGUGAUAAAUAAAAUUUGAUUUGAUUUGAACUAUAGGGUGGCACAUCCCUUUAAGGGCAAUGCAUGCUGGUUUUGUUUUGAGCCCUCUAACUGGUGUACUUUCUGACUGUCCAUUAUACAUAUGUCCAGAGCCAGGUUAUAUCACUUCGUCCCAAAUGUCCCCCUUUCCCAGUGUGGUGCCAAUAGAGAGCAUGCCACCCUGCAUACCACUGCUGGCUUGCUUCUGAAGCUAGGCAGGGUCGGUCCUGGUCAGUCCCUGGAUGGGAGACCAGAUGCUGCUAGAAGUGGUGUUGGAGGGCCAGUAGGAGGCACUCUUUCCUUUGGUCUAAAAAAAACUAUCCCAAUGCCCCAGAGCAGUGAUUGGCGACACUGCCCUGUGUAGGGUGCAGUCUUUCGGAUGGGACGUUAAACGGGUGUCCAGACUCUGAGGUCAUUAAAGAUCUCAUGGCACUUAUUGUAAGAGUAGGGGUGAUAACCCCGGUGUCCUGGCUAAAUUCCAAAUCUGGCCCUCAAACCAUCAUGGUCACUUAAUAAUCCCCAGUUUACAAUUGUUUCAUUCGUCUCCUCUCCCCUGUAACUAUUCCCCAGGUCGUUGCUGUAAAUGAGAAUGUCUUCUCAGUCAAUUUACCUGGUAAAAUAACGGAUAAAUAAAAUAAAUAGGCUUCUGAUGAUAGGUUUCCCUGUAUAGUGCACUAAUCACUCAUGAACAGGAUCUUGUUGCCCCUUGGAGUCUCCUGUAGAGCGCUGACCUCAUUUCAUUAGCCAGCAGCUAGAUAGCCAGCCCAUUACACACCGGUAAUGUUCCACGAUGAGACUGGGUACACGGCACUUUAAUGCUUGGCCUCAGCUGACUGAGCCGUGCAUCUUGGAAUGUUCGGCCACCAGACAAAAAGCAAGUUUAGCCUUAAAAAAACAAAUAGAAAGACACAUCACAGCGCCUCCUCUUAAAAUCAAACUGUACUCUAUAUAUAAGAAUAUGAUUGUGUAUAUAUGAAUAGUGUGUAAAUAGUAUUUUUGUCGUCUUUCCAGUAACGCGUAUUAUUUUUUAUUUUAUUAAUGUAAUUAAUGUUCUUGCCUACAAGUUCUCAUUUACAACUGCGACCUGGAAAAGAUAAAGCAAAGCAGUGCGACAGAAACAACAGUUACACAUGGAAUAAACAAACUGAAGUCUCCAGCUUCAGUGAUUUUUUUUUUUUGCAAUUCGUUCCAGUCAUUGGCAGCAGAGAACUGGAAGGAAAGGCGGCCAAAGGAGGAAUUGGCUUUGGGGAUGACCAGUGAGAUAUACCUGCUGGAAUGUGUGCUACGGACUCCAGGGACCGAAAGGAUUCCACCUGGAAUGUAGAGGGGUCUACUUCCUCCUUCCUGGGCAGAGAGGCGUCUCCGUUGUCCCGGCUGGGCACCUCAGAUAAUAACUACCCAGAGAAAGACAUCUCUGAGAGACACUUUCGGUUUGAUAAGACAUGGAAGAAUGACAGCAGGAUGUAUCCCAAGUGUGAUUUCCGAGAUGAGCGUCCCAUGAAGCCUAGCGGCUCCAUCCCUCCCCUGCCCAGAGACUACCAGAUCCACCGGUCGGGCCACCUCCACCACUAUACCCUCCACAAGGAGCUUUCCCAGGCCCCUGCUCGCCCCUGCGCCUUUGGCUCUUAUGAGGCGUAUGACCUGACGUCAGUUCCUGCCAUCCUGCUACCAGCUGCAGCCUCGCUCAAUGGAAGAAACCCCUUCUCUACAGAAGGCUACAAGAACAGACCAAGAGUAAAUAACAGAACCUGCAGUCUUUUCACAAUAGGAGCUAAUCAGAAAUCCCAGUCGUACCCAGACCCGGUAAGCGGAGCCCCGUCAGCCUCAAUCAUCCAGAGGCUGUCUGAGAUCGCUUCUCUGGAGGGAGAGACGGUCAGGCAGGAGAAGAUCAAGAAGAUUAAGAAGAACAGGAGACAGGACUCCUGACACAACCUGUCUAUCAGCCAAUCAGAGAGCAGAGGUCACAGUUAAAGGCUCUGACCCCAUACGCAGUGCCAAUGCCGCCAGAACAAAUAAAACACUUAGGGAAAUAUAAACCUUUUUCUUGUUUAAAUAUAAUCUAACUUUGUAAAAGCUUGUUGGUGCUAUGUAAUAGCAAAGUGUAAUUCAAUAUUUUGACUUAUACUACUGUUCAAAAUUUGCGGUCACUUAGACUUGUCCUUGUUUUUUAAAAGAAAAACACGUUUUUUUUUGUCCAUUAA